UACUCGUCUAACAUCAAAAACUUGGUGAAUGAGACUGAAUUGAAACUAAUGGGUCUGAAAUCACAUGAUUGUCAUGCGUUAAUGCAACAUCUACUUCCAAUUGCCAUUAGAUCAGUCUUGCCAAAAAAUGUUCGAGAGUGUUUGACACAUGUUUGCAUUUUCUUUAAUAGGCUGUGCGGGAAGGAAUUAGAAUUGGAUAAGUUAGAUGCAUUACAUGAACAUGUAGUCAAAACAUUGUGCAACCUGGAAAAGUUUUUUCCGCCAUCUUUUUUCGACAUCAUGAUCCAUUUAAUGGUUCAUCUAGUGAGAGAAGCAAGGCUGUGUGGGCCGGUGUGGGCGAGAUGGAUGUAUCCAUUUGAAAGAAAUAUGAAGGUACUUAAAAGUUAUGUGCGUAACCACUAUCGGCCAGAAGCAUGUAUGGUUGAGUGCUACAUAUCUGAAGAGGCUGUGGAAUUUUGUUCAGAGUACAUGGCUGGAGUUGAGGCAAUAGGAAUUAGCAAACCAAGAACUGACCCAGAUGAUGUUGAUAGAGGAUUAAGGGGCAAAGGGACAAUGGUGACAGUGUCCAAGCUUGAACUAGAUCAAGCUCAAUUAGUCGUGAUGAACAAUAACGCAGAGGUUCAACCAUAUAUAACUGACCAUAUGGAGCUGUUACAAUCAAUGGUUCCAAGAAAUCAAAAAAAUAAACAAAAAUGGGUUGCAGACCAACAUCGUCAAACUUUCAUUGGGUGGUUAAGGAAUACCAUUAUAGCAAAGUUGAACGAACCGAAUCAUGGAGUAUACGAUGUGUUGAGUCGUAUUGCCCUUGGACCAACUUUUGCGGUUGCAAAGCAUGAAGCGUACAUUGUAAGGGGUAAACGUUUUCAUACAAAGUCAAGAGAUGAUGCUCGAGAGGUUCAAAAUAGUGGUAUACGUAUCGUCGCGAAACUAUGCACUUUGCAAGUGCAAAAGAUAGAAACCCCGUUUUAG